UGGGGAUGUCCUUUUGGAGAAAUUAUUUUAUGAGGGCUGGCCCUACGAUUAGACAGAGUGUGGCAGCGGCCGUCUUGGGCAGCCAAUUUGGGCUAUGUUGAAUGAGGAGCAUUCAGAUCAGUGUCUUUUAAAAACUGCUGGUGAAGGAAGCACAAUCUGUGGAAUUCCCCCCCCCCUUCUGUUUUAAAGCGAUUUGCCUGGCUUUAAGUACGGUACUCUGCCGGGCACCAUUUGUGAUUGCACCGGAAGCAGCAAAAUGGCAUGGACUGACCCUUAUUUUAGGGUGUGAACAGCACACCUGUGGGGUCCAUACCAAGAGAAAGAUCCACAUGUGCCCAUAUUAUAACAGUUCCUUUAUUUGGACCAAUUGAUAGACCAGAAAACAUCUUCAUGGCCUCUCAUCCAAAUCUUUCACACCUUCUCCCUGCUGCCCGGUUGCGUCAACUGGCCCGUGACUGGCUCAAAGAGGAUGCUCCCAGCUUUGACUAUGGUGGUUACGCUGUAGGUGAUCAUCAGGAAUGUGCUGUUCUCCUGUGUAAGUCCCCUGGAGUCUUAGCUGGCUUCCCUUUCUUUGAGGCCAUAUUUGCUGAAGUGGGCUGCUCUGUGGAGUGGCUCCAGUCGGAAGGAACGUGGGUGGAUCCCAUUACCCGUGUGGCCGAAGUCCGUGGGUGUGCCAAAGACCUGUUGUUUGGAGAGCGGGUAGCUUUGAACUGUUUGGGCCGGUGCAGCGGUGUGGCCACAGCAGCGGCAAAAGUGUGUCGGGUGGCCCGGGAAGCUGGCUGGCAUGGAGAGGUGGCUGGGACAAGGAAGACCACGCCGGGAUUCCGCCUUGCAGAGAAAUAUGCUCUGCUGGUGGGAGGAGCUUCUUGCCACCGUUAUGACUUGGGGAGCCUCAUCAUGUUGAAGGACAACCACGUAUGGGCAUCUGGAAGCAUCACACAGGCUGUCCAGAGUGCCCGGCGUGUUGGAGGCUUUGCCUUAAAGGUAGAAGUUGAAUGUCGCUCCUUGGAAGAGGCUCUCGAAGCUGCAGAAUGCGGCUCUGAUAUCAUUAUGUUGGACAAUUUUGCUCCUGAGGACUUGCACCCCACAGCCAGCACCCUGAAGACCUCCUUCCCCCAGGUGACUGUUGAAGCCAGCGGAGGCAUCACCGAAGAGAACGUGGCCCAGUUUGUGGGCCCCAGUAUUGAUGUGGUGUCCCUCGGUUGCCUCACCCAGUCAGCUAGAGUUGUCGAUUUCUCCCUCAAGAUCCUCCGGGACUCAGUUCCUAAACCACCUCUCCGGAAUUUUGUCUUCUGAGGCUUCGGGAUGGGGGAGCCAGUCCCAUUCUGGGGGGGUGGGUGACUGUCCUUUGGAGCAAUGGGGGCUGAAAUAGGGGACAGGUUAUAUCCAUGGUUCAGAGUCUGCCGAACAUCACCCUGUUAUGUCAUGCCUGAACUUUUAAGAAGUCCUGAGUCAAGAUAGUAGGCGAUGACAGUUUUUUUCUGGGCAGAGCUUGGAAAGGCUACUUUGUUCGGACUACAUGGCCCAGAAUUCCCUGGCCACUAUGGCCUCUGGUUCUGUAGCUUAAAAGAUAUUAGCCACCCUCUCUCCAAGUUCUGUCCUGGCAUCUUUAACAUGUGUGAUCUCCUCCUCCUAUGGCUUCUCCUGAGGCAGGCAGGUUUUCAUGAGCUUGUCAAUUAAACACAUAUUUUGAAAAA